CGGGACGGGGUGAGGUCACUUCCGGAAGCGUGAGCGCAAUCACCCAAGAUGGCGGCGCUCAGAGUGAGCAGUGGAGUUCCAAAGAGCUGUAUCCGGAGUUUGCUGACCGUUCGAGCGACCCGGCUCCCCCAGUGCGUCCUGGUGGCCCCUGCCCUAUCUCGGAAUCUCGCCACUGAGGCCAAGAAGACCUACCAGAGAGAGAAGCCUCACAUGAAUGUCGGCACCAUCGGCCACGUGGACCAUGGGAAAACCACACUGACUGCAGCCAUCACCAAAGUUCUAGCUGAGGCCGGAGGUGCCAAGUUUAAGAAGUACGAGGACAUCGACAACGCCCCCGAGGAGAAAGCCCGGGGGAUCACCAUCAACGCGUCUCACGUGGAGUACACCACGCCGAACCGACACUACGCUCACACCGACUGCCCGGGGCAUGCCGACUACGUCAAGAACAUGAUCACCGGCACGGCUCAGCUGGAUGGCUGUAUUCUGGUCGUGGCAGCCACGGACGGACAGAUGCCGCAGACCCGGGAGCACUUGUUGCUGGCCAAACAGAUAGGAGUGCAACACAUCGUGGUAUAUGUAAACAAAACGGAUGCAGUGGACGAUAAGGAAAUGCUUGGCCUGGUUGAGCUGGAGAUGCGAGAGCUGUUAUCGGAGUUUGGCUACGACGGAGAGAAUACACCUAUCAUCCAGGGCUCAGCCCUGUGUGCCCUGGAGGUUUGUAUGAUCUCAAUGGGACGGGAUUCCAUCAUGAAACUGCUGGACGCCGUGGACACCUACAUCCCCCUCCCAGACCGGGACCUGCAGCAUCCGUUCCUGCUGCCCAUCGAGCAGAUUUAUUCCAUUCCAGGGCGCGGCACCGUGGUGACUGGCACACUGGAGCGAGGUGUCAUCAAGAAGGGUGAUGACUGUGAAUUUAUUGGGCACAACAAGAGCCUACGCUCAGUCGUUACAGGCAUCGAGAUGUUCCACCAGAACCUGGAGCGGGCAGAAGCCGGGGACAACCUUGGGGCCCUGGUUCGGGGCCUGAAACGCGAAGAUGUGAGGCGCGGGAUGAUACUGUGCAAGCCGGGCUCCAUCAAACCGCACCGGAAGGUGGAAGCUCAGGUUUACGUGUUGAGCAAAGAGGAAGGAGGUCGCCACAAGCCAUUUGUGACAAACUUUAUGCCGGUGAUGUUCUCGCUGACCUGGGACAUGGCCUGCAGGGUGCAGCUCCCAAAGGAGAAGGAGCUGGUGAUGCCGGGUGAGGACACCACCCUGACCUUGACCCUGCGGCAGCCGAUGGUCCUGGAGAAGGGGCAGCGGUUUACCCUGAGGGACGGGAACCGGACCAUCGGCACCGGGCUGGUGACUGCCGUGCUGGAGAGUGGGCCAGAGGACGACAUCAACUGGGGCUGAAGAAGCACCCGCCACCUGGUUCCCCUCCCCAGCGCCCCCACCUUUGCCCGCUGCGAGACUGCCUUCAUGGAGACCUUCACGCCCCCCUUCCCAGUGACUGACCCGCACCUCGGGGUUGGGUGGGAAGCACAGAGCGUUCCCGCUUCCCAUUUCCUCCAGAUAUCUCUUUGCCGAUGUGGCUGCUGGCGGCUGUAAUUUAAACUGUUGGCGAUGUGUGUGUGUAAUAUAUUUUUUAAAUAAAUUUUGGUUCAGUCCA